GGUUAUCAAUGGGUUAUCGAUUGUGCCGAGGUGGGCUGAGGGCGAACUAAUCGGUAGUGAGAUAAACUUGUUUAUGGGAGGGGAAUCUACUGAGAGAGUGCUGGAAUGAGAGUGUUUGAUUUCUUUUCUUUGUAUUUGUGUAUCUAUUUUGAUUGGGAUUUUUGAGAUUAUAGGUUAUCUUCAUUAGAAUCUCAUAUUAUUUACAAUAGCUAUCAUAUAUACUCCAGUAGCCAUGUCUUCACCAGCUUCCGUGUCAGAUCAGCCAAAGGUCAAACUUUACUGGCUCAACCAAUCCCGAUCUCAACGAAUCCUCUGGCUCCUUGAAGAAUUGAAAGUACCCUACGAGCUGGAAAUCAUCCACAGACUUCCCUCCAAGCACGCACCUCCCGAAUUGAAAAAAGUGCAUGCGCUGGGAAAAUCUCCCGUCCUUACAAUUCUACCCGUGGGAGCCACGGAACCGGUAGUUUUGGCGGAGAGUGCGUUUAUCACUGAAUAUCUCCUCGAUCAUUUCACGCACGGCAGUACCCUUCUCCCCACCCGCUGGAAGCCCGGUCAAGAAAACACUCUCGGUGGCGAAACCGAAGAAUGGACUCGUUUCCGCUAUUACAUGCAUUACGCCGAAGGCUCUCUGAUGCCUCCCCUCCUGGUCGCUCUCAUCAUGUCUAUGAUCAAUUCGCCCAAUCUUCCAUUUUUUAUCCGUCCUAUCACAGGCAUGAUAACUUCAAAAGUACACGAAUCAUUCCUGGAACCGAAUUUCAGUACUCAUUUUACCUUUCUUAAUGAACAAAUCCAGAGCUCUCCAAAUGGUGGAAAAUAUCUCUGUGGUGAACAUCUCACUGGUGCAGAUAUCCUCAUGUCAUUUCCUCUUGUAGCAGCUAAACAGCGCGCUGGAUUAACAGAGGACAAAUAUCCGGAACUUUUCGCCUAUACAGAACGAUUAGAAAAUGAAGCGGGAUAUAAGAGAGCUGUUGAAAAGAUUGUGGAUAUCGAGGGAGAGUUCAAGGCGAUUUAACUCUGAGGGUUCUUUGGUAAUCACCAUGACUGUAUACGAGCGCAUCAAGCUCGAAAUGCCAAGUGGGAGAAAUGAAGCAAUAUUUGUGUUUCUUGUCCUAUAUAUAUUUCGCUGAAUCUUUUCCCAUUCGAUGUAUUUUAUUAUUGUACCGAUUAUAGAUAGAUCUCAUUUCAGUUCUUCAAUGGACUUUCAUAUUUACCGAUCUUCUAUACUUUACCCCCACUGCAAAGAUUCAACAGGAGGUUCACUGUAUCACCCUACCUAAUAUGCAGGGCGGUAGCUUCGUGUAUAUCAUGAGUACUAGUUUUGAGUUCUGGUGAUACUAUACAUCGAAACAGUGUGAUUUGCCGAGGCGAUCAAGACGAUGUAUUGUUCGAUUUAUAUCGGCGAAAAGUCUAAGGCUUCAAAAGUUGAAUUAAUUGAUUAUAUAGCA